AUGCGCCCACAAAGCCGGAACGAUUUUGCGAUCGCGAUUAUCUGCGCCCUUACUUUGGAGGCAGACGCCGUCGAAGCCCUAUUUGAUGAAACCUAUGACCGGUUAGGAAGGUUCUAUAAGAAACAGCCAGGCGAUGCAAACUGGUACAUCAAUGGAAGGAUCGGGGAACAUAAUGUGGUUCUGUGCUAUCUGCCGGGAAUGGGAAAAAGGGGCGCGGCAAGUGUUGCUUCAAGCCUGCGAGUCAGCUAUACCAAGAUCCAGCUUGCUUUAGUUGUUGGUAUAUGCGGAGGAGCCCCGAUGCCAUCACGCGACGAAGAGAUAUUCCUCGGUGAUGUCAUCAUCAGCGACACAGUGAUCGAAUAUGAUUUUGGCAGACAGUAUCCCGGUGGAUAUCGACGAAAGACUGGAGUAAAAGAAACGCUCGGCCGGCCCGAUCGGGAAAUUCGGACUCUCCUCAACGGUCUAAAGGCUGAUUAUUCCCGCCCUGAACUCCAGCGUCAGACAUUACACUACCUUAACAUGCUUCAAGGGAAAGAGGACGCAGAGAGACCAAACAGAGAUAAAUGGCUACAUCCUGGAAUUGAUGAUGUGCUUUUUCGUGUCGGGUAUCUUCACCAGCAUCGAGGAAAACCAGUUCCUUGUGGAUGCUACAGUUCACAGAGCAGCUCGUCAGAUGAGAUCUGUGAAGGUGCUUUGCAGCUGAAGUGUGGUGAUCUUGGUUGCGACAAAACCCAAGUUAUCCGCCGUCGACAGGUGUCGGACCAUGCCUCAGCUUCUGUACACAUUGGAACCAUCGGUUCUGCUGACACAGUGAUGAAGUCCGGGCAACACCGUGAUGAAAUCAUGAGAACCGAGAAGGUUAUUGGUUUCGAAAUGGAGGGGGCGGGGGUAUGGGAUAACCUCCCCUGUAUUAUUAUCAAGGGGGUGUGCGACUACGCGGACAGCCAUAAAAGCACAUCAUGGCAAGCAUAUGCAGCAGCAACAGGAGCUUCUGCGGCCAAGGCUUUCUUAGAGUACUGGCCUAGCUACAGAGAAGAUCCAACCAAAAAAGCGCAUGUGAUGAUCCCAUUCAGGAGAAAUCACCGUUUUGUGGGCCGGCAGCAGGAACUUCAAAAUGCAGAAAGACUGAUGUCCAUGCCUAAUGGACAGAGGAAGCUUGCUAUUUUCGGAUUGGGUGGCGUAGGGAAAACCCAGGUAGCCCUUGAGCUAGCCUACCGCAUGCAAGACAGAGACGCUGAAUGCUCAAUAUUCUGGAUUCCCUGUACUAGCCAUGAGGCUGUUCAACAGGCCUGCAUAGAGAUUGCUGAGAUGGUCGGGAUCCAGAUCACGGAGCCAGCAGAGGCAAAGGGUGGCAUCAAAACUUACCUCACCCAACAGAAGGGCAAGUGGCUUCUGAUCUUCGACAACGCAGAUGAGAUGAACAUGUGGGACAAGGGAAGCAAUACUACCACACCGCUGAAAGACUUUCUUCCUUAUACUGAUCAAGGUCAAAUUAUUUUCACCACUCGGAAUCGGAAGGUAGCCGUACAACUGGCAUCCUCUGAUGUGAUACACGUCCGCGAGCUCGAUGAAAACGCUGGGUUAGAAUUUCUGGAGAAUUCGCUCAUUAGGAAAAGUCUCCUGAACGACAGCAAUGCGGCAAUUACAUUUCUCGAACAGCUUACCUUUCUUCCAUUAGCUAUUGCCCAGGCUACAGCGUAUAUCAACGAAAACGACCUGAUGGCAUUCUCGAUUUACUUGCGUCUUCUCCAAAAACAAGAGGCAGAAGCUGUCCAGUUACUAAGCAGAGACUUUGGUGACGAUGGACGCUAUGAGGGUAUCCAAAAUCCGAUAGCAAAGACGUGGUUGAUUUCAUUUCAUCAAGUCCAAAAGCUUGACCCGCGUGCAGCCGAAUAUCUAUCGCUCAUGGCUUGCGUUGAUUCACGUAACAUCCCUCGGUCUCUUCUACCACAACCAACAUCUGAACUGGAAAUGAUUGAAUCCCUUGGCCUGUUGAGCGCUUACUCAUUCAUUACUAUUCAACCCGAAAAUGACCUCAUAACUCUCCAUCGCCUGGUACAUCUCGCGACUCGAAACUGGUUGAAAAAAGAAUCACAGUUCCCAUUCUAUGUAACUAGAGCAGCGGAGCGGUUGGAUGAGGUGUUUCCACAUAAUGAUCAUGUCAACCGACAGAUUUGGAGGGAAUACUUGCCCCACGCCCUGUUCUUAUUGAACGAGUCUGAGUUCCAAAGGCAAGAAGGCAAAUAUACCGACUACAUACGAAGAGUCGGAACCUGCUUAGAAAGAGAUGGGAGAUACAAUGAAGCAGAAAGGCUGUUCGUGCAGGUGAUAGAGACCUGGAAACAGGUGCUGGGGCCAGAGCACCCUAACACUCUGAUCAACAUGGGCAACCUUGCGUUAACAUAUCUAAACCAAGGACGAUGGAAGGAAGCAGAAGAGUUAGAGGUGCAGGCAAUAAAGACCUGGAAACAAGUGCUAGGGCUAAAACAUUACAAUACUCUGGCCAGCAUGACCUGCCUAGCAUUGAUAUACUGGUAUCAAGGACGAUGGAAAGAAGCUGAAAAGCUAAAUAUGCAGGUGAUAAAAAUCUCAAAACAGGUGCUAGGGCCAGAACAUCCCAACACUCUGACCAGCAUGGGCAAUCUUGCAUUGUCAUACAAGAGUCAAGGACGAUGGAAAGAAGCUGAAGAGCUAGAGGUGCAACUGAUGGGGACCCGGAAACAGGUGCUAGGGCCAGAGCAUCCUAGCACUCUGAUCAGUAUGGGCAAUCUUGCGUCAACAUAUCUCAACCAAGGACGAUGGAAAGAAGCUGAAAAGCUAAAUGUGCAGGUGAUAGAGAUCUCAAAACAGAUGCUAGGGCCAGAACAUCCCGACACUCUGAACAGCUUGGGCUACCUUGCAUUGUCAUACAAGAGCCAAGGACGAUGGAAAGAAGCUGAAGAGCUAGAGGUGCCUCUAAUGGAGACCUGGAAACAGAUGCUAGGGCUAGAACAUCCUAAUACUCUGACUAGUAUGUCUUGCCUUGCGUCAACAUAUCUAGGCCAAAAACGAUGGAAGGAAGCAGAAGAGCUACAGAUACAGGUAACAGAGGUCUCAAAACAGGUGUUAGGACCAGAGCAUCCUAACACUCUGACCAGCAUGCACAACUUUGCUUGUACUUUGAGGUUUCGCGACGAUACUCAGGCCGCUAUAGCUCUGAUGGACAAAUGUGUUGAGCUCCGCUACAAAGUAUUAGGUCCUGAACACGCAGAUUAUGUGUCUUCAUCCGACGCCCUUAGGACCUGGAAAGCAGAAAUCCCUGUCAGAGGGGCUAAACGGCAAGCUUUUAUUAACUUUUUCCGAAAACGAUGA